AUGUCUGAAGGGAAGGGCGAUAAGGGGCUGUCCCUGCGGACUAACAGAAAAGCUCGAGCCCCGACAAUUGCAAAACAGAUCUCUGGCCCAUUUCUGAGGGCAGGUGAUGGACUACGGAGCGCGGGUGGAAAGGCCCCGUUUGGCUCAUCACAACGACCACAGGGUGGAGGAAAGACGUCUGAUCUUGUCAAACGACGAUAUUCUACUCGAUUCAACAAUCUACCGUCUGAUUUCGACCCGACCGUGCCUCCUAUCCCAUCUCUACCCACUAUCCCGAGCCAAUAUGCUUCGCCCGGAGAUCAAGGACGCGGCACUUUACCUGCGAAAGGUCCUGGCUUAUCCGUCGAUAUUAAAGCAUUGAGAGAUCCGAAUCUACGUCCCGAACAGUAUCUUGCUGGCCUUUUGAGUGGUGCCUCGGAGCAGGAUCUCGAUGACUACCAACAAGCAUUACAGAAGCUGCGCAAUCGAGCGUCAACUGACCUCCAGCAAAGCAUCUACCAAAACCGAACUCAGUUUAUUAAAAUAAGCAAGGAAGCCGAGAAGCUCAAAGCGGAAAUGAGGGCCCUAAGAAAUCUAAUGUCAGAGCUCAAGACUAAUACGACAGCACUCAGGGCUGCAUCUUCACGGGGUUCUGAAGGUGUGAAUGAUUUCGACUCAGGUUUUCCAACAACUUUGAGCAAGAGAGAUAGAAGAAGUUCGGUAGCGGACCGAACUGUGAUGUGGAAUGCACAGCUUCAGGCGUUAUGGAAGACUGUUGAAGGCUCUCAGAAGUUCUUACCUGCCCUUUCAGGCCGCCACGUGGUACAGAAUGCCGGACUAUGGAUUGAGUUGGACAAUGCAACCUGGAAAUCAAGAAGAGCUAUGCAGAUCAUUUUACUCAAUGACCAUCUUCUUGUCGCAUCAAGAAAGAAGAAGAAGGUCGAUGGAAAUGGAGCAGACCAAAGGCAAGCUCCCGUCAAGCUUGUGGCUGAUCGCUGUUGGCCCUUGCUAGAUAUCGAAAUGGUCGAUUUGGCAAGGACUGGCGAGGCCAGUAGUGGGCGAAACAAGGUUGCGGAUGCUAUUAUGAUUAGAGGUGUUGGCCAGGAGUCUUUUACUUAUCGUACUGAAAAGCCAGACGACAGUGAAAAGUCAACCUUGUUGAUCAAUUUCAGGAAGGCUGUCGAACAACUUCGGAAAGGGCUUAGGUCUGAGAUGGAGAAUAGCAACAAAGCAAAAGAGACGAUCAACUACUUUGCAUCACGCGAUCCAGGUCUUCUCAAGAAGACCGAGUUACUUGAAACCCUGUCAGAUAUCAAGGACAUGCUGAUUGAGGUUGACGGAAAGCAGCAAAAUUUGCGUUGGGUAGAGGGCCAGGUCGACGAGCUGGAUAUUGAUAUCGCUCUUCAACGUUUUGAUGUGGCUGUGUCACGCGUUGAAAAGCUCAACGCGUUGGCCAAAGGUCUCAAAAGCAAUGUGGUAGCACAGGAUUUCAUCAGCUUCAAGGCUGAUGAGAGAGCAACGAAGCUUGCCAGUCUCAUCACCCGCGAACUUGUUGAGACACAUAACGAACUUAAGAAAACGAAGCGCAAUGUUAACUGGCUGGCGCGCCUUGGUUUCGAGGAUCGUGCGAGAGAAGCUUACCUAGAAGCACGAGGCAAUGUCAUACAUAAGAGAUCAAGACAAUGUAUUUUUGAGGGUGACCUCCACCAAUAUAUUUGGGCAGUGUCCUUUGUGUACUUCACCAUUAUACGAAAUACUGUCUCGACGUUCCAGACUUGCUUUCCACCCUUGCUCAUGAGCGCCUGUGUCAAAUGGGCUAAAGAGCAGGUGGAUGCAUUCAAUGUCAUUCUAGUUCGACAACUUAGCAGCACUGAUCGAGGUGGACCAGUUUGGACUGAAUGUAUGAAUCAAGCAAAAGAGCAUGCUAAGAUGUUAUCUGAGGUCGGAUUGGAUUUUGAGAGUUUGAUAGGUCGUGAUCCCAGCAGGAACAAUAUGGAUACCAAUAUGGAGGAUGUUAGCAGGACACCUGAGCCGUCGAGGUUAUCUCCAACAUCAGAGCCAGCCACGAUUCCGACCCUCGAUGGAUGGAUUGAGAGCUUGAUGACGUGCAAACAAUUGGCCGAGGUCGACGUGCAAAGGCUCUGCGAGAAGGCGCGAGAGGUCUUGCAAGACGAGUCGAAUGUGCAACCGGUGAAAUGCCCUGUAACAGUCUGCGGGGAUAUUCAUGGUCAAUUCCAUGACUUGAUGGAGCUCUUUAGAAUUGGUGGUCCAAACCCAGAUACAAACUACCUGUUCAUGGGCGACUACGUUGAUCGAGGAUACUACUCUGUAGAGACGGUCACCCUCCUCGUUGCUCUCAAAAUACGAUAUCCCCAACGCAUCACAAUCCUCCGCGGUAACCAUGAGUCCCGCCAAAUCACCCAAGUUUAUGGCUUCUACGAUGAAUGCCUCCGAAAAUACGGCAAUGCCAACGUAUGGAAAUACUUCACAGAUCUCUUCGAUUAUCUUCCUCUCACUGCACUCAUCGACAACCAAAUCUUCUGCCUCCACGGAGGUCUUUCCCCAAGUAUCGAUACUCUUGAUAACAUCAGAGCGCUUGACCGCAUACAAGAAGUCCCACACGAGGGUCCGAUGUGCGAUCUUCUCUGGUCCGAUCCUGAUGAUAGAUGCGGGUGGGGGAUAUCACCAAGAGGAGCGGGGUACACCUUUGGGCAAGAUAUCUCGGAGGCGUUUAAUCACAAUAAUGGCUUGACUCUUGUUGCAAGAGCCCAUCAGUUAGUCAUGGAGGGGUAUAAUUGGUCUCAAGAUAGGAACGUUGUGACCAUUUUCUCAGCUCCCAACUAUUGCUACAGAUGUGGCAAUCAAGCAGCUAUCAUGGAGAUUGAUGAGCAUCUGAAAUAUACAUUCCUCCAAUUUGACCCAUGCCCGAGAGCGGGUGAGCCGAUGGUAUCACGCCGCACUCCCGAUUACUUCCUCUAG